AUGGCGACAACUGAAGCGCCGUCGAGGCCCCAUGAUCGUCAUGGUCGUCGACGACCCUUCUCAAACUGGAUGAAACGGCUCGCAAACCUCAAGAAUUCUUCAUCUUCCGAUUCUCAUGACACCUCAAAGCAUAAUGGCCGUGCUGGGAACACCAAGAACAAGAAGGCUGCUAGAAAUAAUCCCUAUCCGUUGUCAGGAACUGUGUAUUCUCCCGGCGCUGAACAGCUGAACGGACGUCAUUCAACAUCGGAUCUGGCCAAUAGCUUGCAUCAAAGCGAGUAUUCUCCUUCAGAGUCCUGUAGUAGAGAUGGUGAGCAAGUGGGCCACGCUGUUGGCCGGAGGUCCGUUGCUCCAACACUGUCUACGAAUGCCGAUACAGUGCUGUCAGAUACAGCUUACUCGAAGACAGGCACAUCGGCAACUGCUGGCGGUGGUAGGAGUUGCCGUGGUGGCGGGGAGGGAAGCACUUUUUCGUCGCCUGCUCCGUCCGUGCAAUCGCUUACUACUACCCUGACAACAGUUCAAUCAGGGGCUCCGAAUCAUUACCUUACGGGCAGCACUCCACAAAGUACAUCUCAGGGAGGAAAUCAACCGACUGUUCAGUUUUCCCAUCAAUUUCCAACCACUCCCGUUUCGGCUAUCCCGCACCAUAUCUCUCCGCACCCAACUACUUAUAGUACCGCAACCGCCAAUAACCUUCUCACAGACAAUGCCUCUGUGCUAACACUGGCAUCUUCUUCCAAGCGUCGACGUCGAAACUCUCUUGAUACGAACGCAUCCGUACGAGCUCUCGCCCCAUCCUCUAUAUUUAGUGGCAGUCGCGAAAGCCUACCUCUGAGCGUAUUAAGCGGAAAUAUGGGGAGUUUUAACGCCACAGGAGGAGAGCUUUCUACUUCUAUGCCUGUAGCACUAGGCCGAAGCGGUAUGCUAAGUACUGAGCGCGCCAGCGUAUAUUCUACCUCCGGAGCUGGAUUAGCGGACCGUGGCAGUAUUCGCAGCGGUCUACAGUCCCACCACGGGCGAAAUGAUAGUUCCACCGGAAGUAUCGGUGGUAUCACAGCCAAUUCAUAUUUCCCUAACGCUCCAGGCAAAAUGAGCCGUAGGAGCUCUGCAUGGGGCGAAAUUCCAGGCUCAGAGAACACUGAAGAAGAUGAUGAACAAGAUGCGAAGGUACAUUUGAACCAUGAUGAAGGUGGCGGGAAUAGCGAUUCGAAAGCCCCAGUAAAAAGCCACUGA